UAAAGGGAGGGUGGAAGGAAAAAAAUAAUAACAUCACACACACAUACACACCCCCCCCACGGGUCCCGUCACUGCAUGUCUCCGCGCGCGUUUCCGCUCCUCGUCCUCGCUCCGGCGGUGGCGGCACCGGGGGCCAUGGAGCCGUGCGGGUGUCCCAUCAUCACGUCCCCCCCACAGAAGGACCUGGCAUACCUGCAGCAGUGGCUGGAGGCCUUUGUCAUGAACUUUGAGAAGGUCAUAGCCGUGCCCUCGCUGGAGCCCCGCAGGCCAGAGGAGGCAGUGUCAGAGAUCCCAGUGCUGCCACGAGAAGUGCUGCAGGUGCUGAGCCAGAGGCUGGCACAGUGUGUGGGGCAGGGUCCCCGACUCGGGCAGGCACUGCUGCUCCUCAAGUUCUUCAUCAUCAUCUGCAGAAACCUCGAAAAUGUCCAAACCGACAAAACCCCCGGCUUCAUCCCGGAGGUGCUGGCACUGCUGCGGAUCUGUGCGAGCAAGCUACGCAGUGGCCAGGAGGAUGGGGCACAGCUGGAGAGCGUGAUGCUGUAUGCCCUGCACCUCUGCGAGUGCCUCUUCGACCCCUACCAGACCUGGCGCCGGCAGCUGAGCGGAGAAGUUGUCAGCACGAAGGAGAAGAGCAAAUACAAGUUCGCCCCCGCCGCUUUGCCCCCUGAGUUCGACACCUUCUUCCAAGAAUGUUUCCAGCCUGGUGGGCAGCUCCCCGACGAGCUCCAGCUCCGGCUCAUCCACCUCUUUGGAGCCAUCCUCUCUGGGGCCAAGUCCAACGCGCUGCAAGCCAUUACGCCGGCAGCAUUGGAGGUGCUGCUGGGAGUGCUGCGCCGGGUGAGCUCAGGGCCCCCGCCGUGCUUUGGGCUGCUGGGUCUGACACUGAGCAGUGUGGUGGCAGCAGUGCAUGCCCUACAUGCCAGCAGCCCUGGCCCUGUGCCCCUGCGAGUGCUGCUGGAUGGGUACUUCAGAGUGCUCAACGCUGACCCCACCACUGUGUCACCGGAGGCGGCCGGAGGGCUCAUCGCGCUGCGGGUGCAGAUGUUGGAUGCCAUCCCGGCCAUGCUGAGCUGUGAUGACCGGCCGGUCCUGCAGGCCGUCUUCCUGAGCAAUAACUGCUUCGAGCACAUCAUCCGCCUCCUCCAGAACAGCAAGCUCUACCUCAACAGUCCACAGGACGCAGGUGAAGCCUACAACAAGCUCUCUGUGCAGCCACCAGCCAGCAAUGGGCUCCAGCAGGUCUUCGACAGCGGCUCCGAUGCCAUCGCAGUCCAUGCCAUCAGUGUGCUCACAGCCAUCAUGAGCAACUCACCCUCUGCAAAGGAGGUGUUUAAGGAGCGCAUUGGCUAUGCCCAUCUCUACGAGGUGCUGAGGAGCCAAGGCCAGCCCACGCAGCGCCUGCUUCAGGAGCUCCUCAACAUGGCAGUAGAAGGUGACCACAGCUCCUUCCCAGCACGCCCCAUCCGCAAUGAGCAGCCUCUGCUCCUGCUUCUGGCCUGGCUUCCAGCACUGGCAUGCCGUGAGCUGCAGCUCUUCCUCUCAGAGCGGCUGCGGCAGCUAUGCGAGGCCUCUCUGCCCAGCCGCCUCACCUGCGUCAAGUCAGGCAUGGUGGGCAGCCUGCUGGCUGCUCUGGCCUCAGAGCCAGCACUUCCAGCUGCCUGCUCUGAAAACCUGCUGGAGCUGCUACGUGUGCUGGGCAGGCUUUCCAUCCGGCCUGGGGAGCUGCGGCAGCUAUUGAGGCUGCUGAGGCGUGAACGGGGCCGGGGCGCCCACCCCUACACAGCUCCAGUCCUGCGCGUGCUCUCGGGAAUGGCACGGGCUGAGGGACCCCCACGGGCACUGCAGUACUUCGACCUGACACCUGGCAUGGCAGGGAUCAUGGUGCCUGCCGUCCAGAAGUGGCCUGGAGGUGCCUUCGCCUUCCAUGCUUGGCUCUGCCUCAGUGAGGAGGAGUUCGGGCCACCGUCGAGACCGAAGAGGAGACAGCUUUACAGCUUCUUCACAGCCAGUGGGACGGGCUUUGAGGCUUUCUUCACCACCGACGGCAUGCUGGUGGUAGCUGUCUGCACCAAGAAGGACUACAUGACGGUGGCACUGCCGGAGGUGGCCUUCAACGACUCAUCCUGGCACUGCAUUGACGUUGUCCAUGUCGCUGGCCGCCGGCCUUUCGGCCAGAAUGUGGUCAGCAUCUACGCAGAUGGACAUCUACGGAAGACAGCACAGCUUCGCUUCCCAUCCCUCCACGAGUCCUUUACCUCCUGCUGCAUUGGCUCUGCGGGGCACCGCACCACCACAACAGCCUCCAGCAGCAGCCACCCACCGCCGUCCCAUGGGCUGGAGCUGACCUUCCCCCCACAUCCCGUGCUCUGCCGCUCACAGUCCUUCCCUGCCACCCUGGGACCCCACGUCUGGACCCCCCUGCAGCCCCCCACCGAGGGAGUGGUGUCCACCACAGCAGCUGGCAGCCAGGAUACUGAGUGGGGCACCCCUACUUCCCUCGAGGGCCACCUGGGCUCUGUGGCUAUCUUUUGUGAAGUGCUGCAGCAAACCCAGGUCAAGGCACUCUUCUGCUUGGGUCCAAACAUCGCAUCUCCAUUUACACUGGAAGGUGACCUUGUGGAGCUCAGCAGCAAGCUUCUGCUGUACUACACCCCACAGGCCUGCAGAAAUAACAUCUGCCUGGACCUCUCUCCCAGCCAUGGUUUGGACGGGAGGCUGACGGGACAUAAGGUGGUCAACUGGGAUGUCAAGGACGUGGUCAACUGUGUGGGUGGGAUGGGUGUCCUGCUGCCCCUGCUUGAGCAAGUGGUGACCAAGAAGGAGGAAUCUGAGGACGAGCAGGAGACCAAUGACCUCGUGGGGCCAGAGCUGACGUCCUCCAGGAACGCCCAGGGCAUGCUCAUCCCACUGGGCAGGUCCUCAGAGAGCAGGCUGGAAAGGAACAGCGUGGCUGCCUUCCUGCUGCUUGUGAAGAACUUCAUCCGCAACCAUCCAGUGAACCAGGAGAGCCUGGUGCAGUGCCACGGGCCGGCCAUCAUCGGUGCGCUGCUGCAGAAGGUGUCCAGCCCACUGCUGGAUAUGAGCACGCUGAUGGCCUCGCAGAUCCUGAUGGAGCAAGUGGCCUCUGAGGGCAGUGGACUGCUGCUGCACCUCCUCUACCAGCAUCUCCUCUUUGAUUUCCGCAUCUGGAGCAACAGCGACUUUGCUGUCCGCUUAGGUCACAUCCAGUACCUGGCCAACGUCGUCAAGGACCACAAGCAGCGCAUCCGUAAGAAAUACGGGGUGCAAUACAUCCUCGACUCCAUCCGGACGUACUACGGUUCCUCCAGGGAGAAGUCCACAGCUACUGAUGACAUCAAAACGGUACAGACAUCCCUCUUCAGCCUGGUGAAGGAUUUUUUCUGCAGGAGUUUCUCUGGGGAGGAGAUGCAGAGCUUGCUGAACUAUGUGGCCGCAGCACAGGAUGAGCAGCAGGUCUGCGGAGCACUGGAGGUGAUACACAGCCUGCUGAAGGGCUCGCCCUCCCAGGAGCAGCUUUUUGCCUUCCUCUUUGAGCCAGGCCAUGUGGAAGUCCUCUUUUCACUGCUGGUACAGAAGAAGUUCUCAGAUGAAGUACGGGAAAGAGUCUUCAGGGUGCUCUACAAGAUGCUGAAGUACGAGAAGGUCCCUGAGCGCUGCAAGAGCCGCCUGAAGUUGAAGGACAUUGGGUACCAGGGGCUCAUUGCCUGCCUCAGCGACAUCCCCAGUUCCAUGUUGCUCUUCCGCUGCCUCUCAGAGCAGGUCCUUGGGGCAGAUCCUCCUAACUACAAGGACCUGGUGGCUGUGGUUUACCUGUCCCACCGGGCUGACCUGACUGUCCGGCUUGAUAUCUGCCGCAAGCUCUUCCACUUGAUCUACGCACAGCAGGACAUGGUGAGGCAGCUGGCCAGGCUGGCGGGCUGGCAGGACACGCUCACCAAGCUGUAUGUCAAGGAGUCCUAUGAGUCCCGCCAGCACAGCCUCAGCCACUCGGGCAGUGGGGGCUGCCUUGAGCUCCUCCGCUUCACAGACCACCCCAGCAAGGAGACUGAGGUGGGCAAGGACAGCAUGGGCAGCAUGAGCCCGCUGCCAGCUGAGCUGCAGGAGGUGGACGUCUUCCUGCCACUGGGAUAUGAAGCCUCAGACCAGGAGCUCUCUGAGGGCUUCUCCGACCACUCCAUCUCGCCCAGUGGUCGCACCAAGUCCUUCCACUCCUACAACUUCAAGUCCUUCGACUCCUCCGACCGGGCGAGCCGCUCUUCCUCCAACCCUGGGGAUGUCCCCUUUGAUGGGGUCUACCACCCACUCUCACCUUUCUCCACCUCACCCUUUGACCUGGGGCUUGACCUGGCCAGCACCAGCUCCAUUGCCACAGCUGAGAGUGGUGCACAGACACCUGCCAGCGGCCCCGGAACCCCUUCACCCCUGGAGAGCUUCAAACCCUUUCCAGGAAUGCGAAACCGCAAGAGCUCCAGCCUCUCCAAUGUGCUGGAUGAGAGCAGCUACCAGGAUGCUCUGCCCAGUGACAACAUCUCCAACACCAGCAACCCUCAGCAAACGCCUGAGGAGGAACUGUGCAACCUCCUGACCAACAUCAUCUUCUCGGUGACGUGGCGCGGGGUGGAGGGCUGGGAUGAUGCUGCAUGGAGGGAGCGUGGCCAGGUCUUCUCCGUCCUCACCAAGCUGGGCACGGCGUGUGAGCUGGUGCGGUCCCCCGAUGAGAUCAAGCGCAGCUUGCUGGAGAUGAUGCUGGAGUCAGCGCUGACGGACCUGAAGGAGUCGGGGCCAGCUGCCCUGUCCGGCCUCACCCACAAUGCACUCAAGCUGCUGCGACUGCUCCAGGACUUCUUGUUCUCCGAGGGGCACAACAACCAGGCCCUGUGGAGUGAGAAGAUCUAUGAGGGGGUGAGCAGCCUUCUGGACAAGCUGGGUGUCUGGUACCACCCAGCCAAUGGCACCUCUGACCUCAAGGAGAUGGCCCAGACAGGGCUGCGCAUCCUGGUGGGCUACAUCCUGCUGCAGGACCCCCAGCUGCACUCACUGGCCUACGUGAAGCUGCACAGUUUGCUGCAGACUUCCACAGCCCCCAAAAAAGAUGAAGCUUGCUACCUGCUGGGCAAGCUGGAGACCCCACUGCAGCGUUCACUGGAUGCCAAAUCAGAGACCUUCUCCUGGCUGGUGCCCAUUGUGCGCACGCUCAUGGACCAGUGCUACGAGACUCUGCAGUUGCAGCAGUUCCUGCCCUCGUUGCCUCCCACCAAUGGCAGCCCCACGUUCUAUGAGGACUUCCAGCAGUUCUGCACCACCCUUGAAUGGAGGAGCUUCAUUGAGAAGCACGUGCAGCCCACCAUGGCCCAGUUUGAGAUGGACACAUUUGCCAAAAGCCACGACCACAUGUCCAACUUCUGGAAUGCCUGCUACGAUGCCAUGAUGAGCAGCUCCCUGCGGAGGGAGCGGGACAAGGCAGACAGCAGGAAAAUGUUCCAGGAGCUGGUGCUGGAGCCAGUGGCAAAACGUACCAAGGCUGAAAAUGCCCGGCAUGCCAACGUGCUCAAGCAAGCCAACAACCACCACAGCACAGUGCUGAAGCAGUGGCGCUCCCUGUGCCGCCUCCUCACUUCACCUCGCUCCGCCUGGGCUGACCGGAACCCACCCGAGGUUCGCUGGAAGCUGUCAAGUGCUGAGACUUACUCCAGGAUGCGGCUGAAGCUGGUGCCCAACCUGAAUUUUGACCAGCAUUUGGAGGCCAGCGCUCUGCGGGACAACCUGGGAGCUGAUAACCUCCACAAUCCUGCUGAGUCCCUCCCACUUGCCAUGGCCAAGGAGGCUAAGGUGAGCGAGCUGGAAGACGACCAGCUGGCUGAGGAGGAUCUCCCCAUCCUGGACAUCCAGGCUGAGCCCAAGGAGCAGAACCAGCGGGAGAAGCUGGUGGUCUCAGAGGACUGCGAGCUCAUCACAACGGUGGCUGUUGUCCCUGGCCGCCUGGAGGUGACAACCCAGCAUGUCUACUUCUACGAUGGCAGCAGUGAAAAGGAGGAGACAGAGGGAGGGAUUGGCUAUGACUUCAAGCGCCCCUUGUCCCACCUGCGUGAGGUUCACCUGCGCCGCUACAACCUGCGCCGCUCUGCACUUGAGCUCUUCUUCAUCGACCAGGCCAACUACUUCCUCAACUUCAAAAAGAAGGUGAGGAACAAGGUCUACUCCUGCAUCCUGGGUUUACGGCCCCCCAACCAGAUCUACUUUGGCAGCCGCUCACCUCAGGAGCUGCUGAAAGCCUCAGGGCUCACCCAGAAAUGGGUUCUGCGGGAGAUCUCCAACUUUGAGUACCUCAUGCAGCUGAAUACGAUUGCAGGACGCACCUACAAUGACCUCUCACAGUAUCCCGUGUUCCCUUGGAUCCUGCAGGACUACGUCUCGGAGACGCUUGACCUCACCAACCCAUCUGUGUUUCGGGACCUGUCCAAACCCAUUGGGGUCGCCAAUGAGAGGCAUGCACGGGAUGUGAAGGAGAAGUAUGAGAGCUUUGAAGACCCCACAGGCACUGUGGACAAGUUUCACUACGGUACGCACUACUCUAACGCAGCGGGCGUCAUGCACUACCUGAUCCGUACCGAGCCCUUCACCACGCUGCACAUCCAGCUUCAGAGCGGCCGGUUCGACUGCUCGGACCGGCAGUUCCACUCGGUGCCAGCAGCAUGGCAAGCCCGCAUGGAGAACCCUGUGGACGUCAAGGAGCUCAUCCCUGAGUUCUUCUACUUCCCCGAAUUCUUGGAGAACCAGAAUGGCUUCGAUCUGGGCUGCCUGCAGAUGUCCAACGAGAAGGUGAGCGACGUGGUGCUGCCACGGUGGGCACGCUCCCAUGAGGACUUCAUCUACCAACACCGCAAAGCCCUGGAAUCAGAGUACGUCUCAGCCCACCUCCACGAGUGGAUCGAUCUCAUUUUUGGGUACAAACAGCGAGGCCCAGCUGCUGUGGAGGCCCUCAACGUCUUCUACUACUGCACAUAUGAGGGUGCUGUGGACCUGGAUGCCAUUGCUGAUGAGACACAGAGGAAGGCUUUGGAGGGUAUCAUCAGCAACUUCGGGCAGACACCCUGCCAGCUGCUCAAGGAGCCCCAUCCUGCCCGGAUGUCAGCUGAGAGUGCAGCCCGAAGGCUCGCACGCCUGGACACCCGUCCACCCAACGUCUUUGAGAACUUGGACCAGCUCAAGUCCUUCUUUGUGGAGGGCAUCAGCGAUGGUGUGUCCCUGGUGCAAGCUGUGGUCCCCAAGAACCAGGCGCACUCCUUCAUCACUCAGGGAUCCCCCGAUGUCCUGGUCACCGUGAGUGCCAACGGCUUGCUGGGGACCCACAGCUGGCUGCCCUACGACAAGAACAUCUCCAACUACUUCAGCUUCACCAAAGACCCCACCGUCUCCAAUGCAAAGACCCAGCGUUUCCUGCAGGGCCCCUUUGCCCCCGGUGCUGACCUGUGCUCCCGCACUCUGGCUGUGUCCCCCGAUGGGAAACUGCUCUUCAGUGGGGGACACUGGGACAACAGCCUGCGCGUCACCUCGCUGGGCAAGGGGAAGGUCAUUGGGCACAUCACCCGGCACAUAGAUGUUGUUACCUGCCUGGCACUCGACCUGUGUGGCAUCUACCUCAUUUCUGGCUCCCGGGACACCACCUGCAUGGUGUGGCAGGUCCUGCAGCAGGGCGGGUUUUCCAGCGGCUUGGCCCCCAAACCCAUCCAGGUCCUGUACGGCCACGAUGACGAGGUGACGUGCGUGGCCAUCAGCACCGAGCUGGACAUGGCUGUCUCAGGCUCCAAGGAUGGCACCAUCAUCAUCCACACCAUCCAACGGGGGCUCUUCAUGAAGUCCCUGCGGCCUCCCUGCGAGAGCUCGCUGCCCGCUGCCAUCACCCACCUGGCUGUGGGGCCGGAGGGGCAGAUUGUCACCCAGACCGCUGUGGGUGAGCGCGCUUCCCUGAAGGAUAAAUUCGCGCUGCACCUCUACUCAGUGAAUGGGAAGCACCUUGCCUCCGUCCCGCUGGACCAGGAGGUGACGGCCAUGUGCAUGACGGAGGAGUUUGUGGUGCUGGGGACCAUGCAGUGUGGGCUGGAGAUCCGUGACCUCCAGAGCCUCCAGGCAGCAGUGCACCCUUUGCCCAUGCGAGUGCCCAUCCACAGCGUGUCGGUGACCAAGGAGAAGAGCCACAUCCUUGUGGGGCUAGAGGAUGGCAAGCUGAUUGUGGUGGGGGCCGGGCAACCUGCAGAGGUGCGCCCCGGCCAGUUCCACCGGCGGCUCUGGCGUUCCACCCGCCGCAUCUCCCAGGUCUCAGCUGGCGAAACGGAGUACAACCCCACCGAGGGCAAGUCCUAGGCUGGCAACCCACACCCGGCCCCGAUGGCCUUCCUACAGCACCCGGCCCCUCCUGGGGGGGCACGGCAUGAAGGGGGACACCGAUCCUCCUGCAGCAGCGCCCCGAGCCCCUUGCGAGCCGGGGGGGGUGAGGAUGAGGAGGGUUGAGCCCCAUGGGGGCUGCAUGCUCGGCCCCAUGCCGUGGCCUUAUCCAGCCCCAUUGGGAUGGGGGCAACCGCCCC